CGGCGUGGUGAGAGCGAGGAGCGGCUCGCAGUCAUACCGACAACAAAACACCCCGAACCAACUCACACCGAACCCCGCGGACACGACACACCCGCCAGCAUGCCGUGUCGGAAGGAGAACUACAUCUUUCUGCAACAGUCCGUCACCGUCGACUCCAAAGAAGUGGACGCGCUGGUGACGAAAAUCGGUGAAGCGCUGCAGCUCCACAACCACAGCGGCGGCGGGCACCAGAAGAAGACGGUGUCCGUGUCCGUGUCCUGUCUGCACGGCGGCACCACCACCACGACCACCGUCGGCGGCGUCAAACCGGCGGCCAUAAUCAGCGGCGGAAGCGGCGGCGACACGGGACGCCACGGCUGCUGUAUGCGGCUCCGGAACCGGAACCACCGGGCGAACCCGUACAGCAUCCAGGAAUGGGACCACCAAAUCAAACCGUGGAACAACAAGAAGAGGAGAACCGCCGAGGAGGACGACGACGAUCCGCACCGGCUGCUGCAGGAGCUGAUUCUCUCGGGGAACCUGAUCAAAGAGGCCGUCAAGAGGCUGCAGUUCUCCGCAGCAGCAGACCGUGUCAGCACGGCGGACCGUGUGCCGUGCUGAUGCCGGACCGGUGGACUCUCACACGGACUGUUUUUAGAUGUAAAUUCACAGAACUGGUAGCUACGUUUGUUUUCUCAUUUCAUCCAUUUGUUUGUUA